CUGUAGUUCAAGUUUUUCUCUCCACACAUGGAAACUCACUUAUGCGGAGAUAAUAAAAGGACUCCAAUCCCCAGCGAGGACUGCUGCUCUCCCUCUACUUCUUUCUUUUUCUUUUUUUUUAAUAGUCGUCAAACAGAGGGGGGGAGUAGUCACAGCUGGAAGGAUAAUGAGAUGCGCAUGAAUUUACACUCUGGAAUAAGAGGUUAGAUAAACUAAAUGGACCGCGCACGGUUCGUCUCGGCGAGCCUGAAUGACGAACUUCGGCGGGUGUUCAUUAGUUGUAGAGCGACGACGCUGCGUCUUUUUUGCGUGUGACGUCCAACAAAAAAAAAAAAGAAAAAAAAAAAAAAAAAAGAAGGAAAGGACCCAAACUUCAGGCUUCGCCUUCUCUCAGUGGAUGGAGUUGAAAAGUUUCAUCUUCAGUUGUCUCGCAAUGGAAAGACGGGCGCCGUUCGCUGGAAGUGGAGGCUUCCUGUGGUCAGAGUGGAUUACCGACUUUAGCAAAAAGAAGGCGCAAAACUCCAGGAUAUGAAGUUUGUCGCAGAAGUCUGCGGACCGUUCAGAGACUUUUCCCUCCGUCACCUGGCCCGUCUCUCGAGUGAUGAAUGCGUUUUCCGAGCUCAGGUGGGUGGGCAGCAUCCUGUCAUCAUCGCUUCUGUGAGUCAGCGACACCUAAAAUUAAAAAUACACGCUGCUGACUCCUUACUACUGAUGAGGAGCACACGUUUCCCACGCAACAAGUCCAUCCACAGGGACGCAGCUGCGCUUCUCUCUGCCGGCCGUCGCUGACUCCCUCCCACCCCACCCCCCCACACCCCCUCACCGUUCAGCGUUUUCUAACGUCGCAACUGGAAGAAACCCAAUGUCUGCCUCCUCUCCCCCAUCUUUACCUCGAGCCUUUCUCCACUCGGUCCACCCGCACCACCCGCCCUCGCUGGGAUCGCCCGGACAAAUCUACCAGCGGCUCUCCAACGGCAGCCACAGCGCCCCCAGCCCCACCAACUCCCGCAGCUCCUUCCAUGGGGUCUCCUUCCUGCUGCAGAUCGGACUGACCCGGGAGACGGUCAACCUGGAGGCCUGCGACCUCUCGCUGUCCGCGGUCAGGGACCUGGUGUGCUCCAUAGUCGAUCAAAAGUUUCCAGAGUGUGGCUUCUUCGGCAUGUAUGACAAGAUCCUGCUGUUCCGCCAUGACUUAAAUGACGAGAACAUCCUGCAGAGGCUGACGUCAGUAGAGGACAUCCAUGAAGGGGACCUCAUUGAGGUGGUGCUGUCUGCUCAAGCCACAGUUGAGGACUUCCAGAUCCGACCUCAUGCCCUCUACGUGCACUCCUACAAGGCCCCCACCUUCUGCGACUACUGCGGAGAGAUGCUGUGGGGCCUCGUUCGUCAGGGGCUCAAAUGUGAAGGGUGUGGGCUGAACUAUCACAAGCGUUGUGCCUUCAAGAUCCCAAAUAACUGUACCGGAGUGAGGAAGAGGCGGCUGUCCAACGUUUCGCUGCCAGGACCGUCACUAUCUGUGCCGAGAGCACCACCGGCUGAAAAUGCAGUGGUUGUUCCCGACGAGCAACAGCGGUCCCAUCAGGAGGCGGGGAAGCGCAUCCUGUCCUGGAGCGGCAGGCCCAUCUGGAUGGAUAAGAUGGAGAAGACGCGGGUCAAGGUGCCGCACACCUUCGCCAUCCACACCUACACUCGGCCAACCAUCUGCCAGUACUGCAAACGGCUACUCAAGGGUCUCUUUCGCCAGGGAAUGCAGUGUAAAGAUUGCAGAUUUAACUGCCAUAAGCGGUGUGCGUCAAAGGUACCAAGAGACUGUUUAGGGGAGGUCGACUUCAAUGGUGAGCCAGCCAGUCCCGGGCCAGAUUCUGAUACCACCAUGGAUAUGAUGGAGGUGGACAGUAGUGAUAUGGAUGGUGGAAGAAGUCUGGACGAUCCAGAUGAACCGUCCACUCCAGACGGGAUGUUUGGCAUGGACUCUCCCUUCACUGAUAGAGAAAAGGAUGAAGAGCCGAUCAAGACGAUAAGUCCUUCCACCAGCAGCAACAUCCCACUCAUGCGGGUGGUCCAGUCUAUCAAGCACACCAAGAGACGGAGCUCCACUGUGGUGAAGGAAGGCUGGAUGGUUCAUUAUACAAGCCGGGACAACCUGAGGAAGAGACAUUACUGGAGGCUGGACAGCAAGAGUCUAAGUCUUUUUCAGAAUGACACCGGAGCUAAGUUCUAUAAAGAGAUCCCUCUGUCGGAGAUUCUCCAGGUGGAGCCGUUCAGAGACUACAGUAAUCUGGCGCAGGGCAGCAAUCCGCACUGCUUUGAGAUCAUCACGGCCACCAUGGUCUACUACGUGGGGGAAAACAACGGCAGCCACUACCACAGCCCGGCCCUGGCUGCUUCUGGAGUGGGCGUGGAGGUGGCCCAGGGCUGGGAGAAGGCCAUCCGACAGGCGCUGAUGCCCGUCACCCCUCAGCCGAGUGUAGCCAGCGCAGCUGGGCAGGGAAGAGAUCACAAAGAGCUGUCCAUCAGCAUAUCUGUGUCCAACUGCCAGAUCCAGGAGAAUGUGGAUAUUGCCUCGAUUUAUCAAAUAUUCUCUGAUGAGGUGCUGGGAUCAGGCCAGUUUGGCAUUGUGUAUGGAGGAAAGCACAGAAAGAGCGGCCGAGACGUUGCCAUCAAGGUUAUAGACAAGAUGCGAUUUCCUACCAAGCAGGAAAGCCAGCUAAGGAAUGAGGUGGCCAUAUUACAGAAUCUGCAUCAUCCAGGUAUUGUUAACCUGGAGUGUAUGUUUGAGACCCCCGAGCGAGUGUUUGUUGUCAUGGAGAAGCUGCAUGGAGACAUGCUGGAGAUGAUCCUGUCCAGCGAGAAGAGCAAACUACCAGAACGAAUCACCAAAUUCCUCGUCACACAGAUCCUGGUGGCCUUGAGGCAUCUGCACUUCAAAAACAUUGUUCACUGUGACUUGAAGCCUGAAAAUGUACUACUGGCCUCUGCAGAACCCUUUCCACAGGUAAAGCUGUGUGACUUCGGCUUCGCACGCAUCAUUGGCGAGAAGUCGUUCCGGCGGUCAGUCGUUGGCACCCCGGCCUACCUGGCCCCAGAGGUGCUGCGGAGCAAAGGCUACAACCGGUCCUUAGACAUGUGGUCAGUGGGAGUCAUCGUCUACGUCAGCUUGAGCGGGACCUUCCCUUUUAAUGAGGACGAGGACAUCAACGAUCAGAUCCAAAACGCCGCCUUCAUGUACCCCCCGACACCCUGGAAGGACAUCUCUGCAGAGGCCACAGACCUGAUCAACAAUCUUCUCCAAGUCAAAAUGAGGAAGAGGUACAGCGUGGACAAGUGUCUCAGCCAUCCCUGGCUACAGGAUUACCAGACGUGGCUGGACCUCAGGGAGUUUGAAACGCGGCGAGGCGAGCGCUACAUCACCCACGAGAGCGACGACGCGCGCUGGGAGGAGUACGCGGACGAGCACAGCCUCGUUCACCCACAACACUUCAUCAUGGCUCCCAACCUAGACGACAUGGACGAGGACCCCUAGUGGUGAAUGGGCUUUACUGCACCAUGCAUUCACGUGAAAGAGAGGGGGGUGGUCACCGGGGACUUUUUAAAAAACAAAACAAAACAGAUGAGCUUUUGGAGCCUCAGGUUUCCCCCCCAGAACUGUUUGUUGUGGAAACAGAGCAAAGCUGACCAAGUGGAGAGCUUCACGUCAGGAGCUUUUAGAGUUUGGGAGGGAGCAUCUUUUUUUGUAGCAUGGCGAAGGUGUGCAUUACAGAAGCGCGUUAAAAGACAAAGAGGAACGCCCUCUCUUCCUUAUUGUAAAAGUUGUUAAACAUUCCCUGGAUUUGCCUAGUUUUGGCUCGUUUCUUCAGGACAAACGUAUUGCCUGAUACGUAACAGUGCCAAGGAAACUUCAUUCUGGACAGUAGUCUUGAUGUAAGAGAGGAGAUGACCAAAAGCAGUCUCGCAUCAGGAGGAAAGGGCACCUUUCACAAGGGAUAACCAGUUUGUUAAUGGGUCUGUUCUCUCUUCUGAGCUGUUUGUCCCUCGGCAUGAACUGGAACCAUCACCUGCAUAUGUUUGUCCUUUUCUGUAUUUACUAACUGUUGUAGGUUAUUGCACUAUACAACUAAUAAGAAUAGCAACUGAAUAGAAAACACUAUUCGCUGCUGCAGAAAGCAAACUGUGUUUUUUUUUUUGUUUUUUUUUUUACAUUUCCUCUGCUGUUGCGACGUGUCCUAGCAAUGAGUGGAAGGUCUUAGCAGCUCACAUGGAACUGGCUGCAGGUAUUAUCGGCGUUUUCAGGUCUGACAGUGGCAGCUAAUAGUGUGAAAGCGUGAUCAACCUUCCCCUGCAGAAAGAGGUCUGAAAAUUGGUUACAAAUGUUGUUCCUUACUGUUUUAUUUAUUCAACAUUGUGAAUUUCUGUGUGCAAACCAGGACCCUGGACAUGCAAAAUGCUAAGAUGAGUUUAAAACAAGCUACCAUGUUACUGCAUCCUCUCUCCUUUUUUUUUAACCUUUUUUUUUUUUGUUGUGCAGAUUCUGGAAAAGACUUUUUACUGCUCAGCAGGCAUCUUAUGGAUACCUGAAUAACGUUUCCAGAGUCCUUGCUUAUUAUUUUCUCCGAACCAUUUCUAAAUCGUCUCGCUAAAAUUAACAGAAUUCUAUAAAUAAAACUGCGUUUGAUCAGAGUUAAGUUCAGGAAUUUUAACCAGUUUUGUACUCUGCUCUGUUUAUGUGGUUUGGGAGCGUGUUUCAGUUUCUUUUUGUCAUUUUUCCUGUUUUUUUUUUUUCCUUUUCUUUCCUUGUUGCCACUGGAUUGGCAGGUGUCCGUGUUUUGUAUAUUUCAGUUACUUAGCUGAUUAAAUAAAGCAAAAAAAGGUCUUCUGAAUUAGAAAAUCUGCAUCAGACAAUCAAAAGUCAGUAAACAGCUGAGGUUUUUUUACUAAGUGUGAGAUGCUUCAUGGUGUGUGUCGGAUGGUUUGUUGUGGCGCGCGACGUCAGAUCCCGCUUUCAGCAGCUGGAUGCCAUUGUUGUGCCGCAACGAGCAGUUAGCAGAGCCAGCUGCUCGACACAAAGGAGUAACGACCUACCAAAGGAGCGCCGGCGGCGGAAAGAAGGAGUUUGAGGAAGACUUUGAAAUCACUCAUGAGUAAAAAGCUUGUUUGAUUCAAAUAACUGUCGUCGGAAUAAAAUGCCCUUUUUGCCAAAAGUAAUUUUGA